AUGUCGAAACAAACUUGUGUUGCUACCAAACUCAAGCAAGUGGUUGAAUCACUUUACAAUCCCAAGUUGGCUGAUUCUUGGGAUAAUACUGGUUUGCUAUUGCAAGCACCGUUUUCCAGGGCAGGCGCCAAGUCUGUAUUACUGACGAUCGAUUUGACGGAAAAGGUUGCAGAUGAAGCCAUUUCCAAUAAACUCGUUUCCUCCAUCAUAACCUAUCACCCCAUUAUCUUCCGUGGAUUGAAAGCUAUUACGAUGGAAGAUUCGCAACAAAGGAGCCUGCUGCGUUUAGCUGCUGAGGGCAUUCAUGUUUACUCCCCUCAUACGUGCGUCGAUGCUGCUGCUGAAGGCGUUAACGAUUGGCUAGCCUGGGGAAUUGCCGGUGGAAAAUACCAACUAAAAUCUUCAAAACCAAUUCAGCAGAAUGCUCCCAUGUCUGAAGCUGAAGGAUAUGGUCGUCUUUGUGAAUUUUCCCAACCGGCGAGCCUGCGCGAAGUUAUUGAGCGAGCAAAGAAACUUACCGGUCUUCCUUAUGUCCAAGUGGCCGCUCCAAAGGGCCUUGAUGCUUCAAUCUCAAGCGUUUCCGUCUGUGCCGGAUCUGGUGGUAGUGUACUCGCUGGUACAGAAGCCGAUUUAUACUUUACGGGAGAACUGUCUCACCAUCAGAUUCUUGCCCUCAUUGCUAAAGGGGUGUCUGUUAUUUUGUGCGGCCAUUCCAAUACUGAGCGUGGAUAUCUCAAGGACGUCAUGGCCGAAAAGCUUGCUAAAGCUUUUCGCGAAUCCGAUGUUGAUGCAGAAAUAUUAAUCUCUGCCGAAGACAGAGACCCUCUUACAGUAAUGUAG